AUGGCUCCAAACUAUCAUCCUUCUUCGUCCACCAUUUUCUUGAUUCUGUCUCUUCACUUUCUUUUAGUUCUAGCCACCGGAAACAACCACAUCACCGACAGAAAAUCUCUCGAAAUCAUCAUCGGCGUCGGUGAAAACUCCAAUGAAAAUUCUCCGGCGCCAUCUCCGGAUCCAUCUUCAGAGCCAAAAGACUGUCCUCCUCCUCCUCCUCCACCUCCUCCACCUCCACCACGGCCACUUCCUCCUCCACCGCCACCGCCUCUACGAUUCUCGAGCCCACUAAUAGAGAAAGUGUAUCCAGUCAUCAAGAAUUUCCAAAACCUAAUCGAAGAUGAUCCAAAGAAGAUACUCAAGUCAUGGGUAGGCACUGACAUUUGCGCUGAUGACAAAUACAUAGGACUCGAGUGCGCUAAGUUCCCGGGAACUAACAAUCUCGCACUCGCGAGCAUCCAGUUCAACCAGUUUAACUUGGGCGGCAAGAAACUCCGGCUAGAUAACUUCCUCUACAAGCUAGAAGAAGUUACCAUCUUCCACGCAAACAGCAACAAUUUCGUGGGCUCUGUUCCCAAAGUCAGCCACUUGAAGUACCUCUUCGAGCUUGAUCUUAGCAACAACAAACUCUCUGGAGAGUUUCCAAGCUCUGUCUUGAAAGCAACGAACCUCACGUUCCUCGAUCUCAGAUUCAACUCUUUCUCAGGAUCUGUGCCUCCUCAAGUUUUUAAUCUCGAUCUCGACGUCUUGUUCAUCAACGACAACAAUCUUGUUCAGAGACUUCCCGAGAAUCUUGGAUCCAUCACUGCUCUUUACCUUACGUUCGCUAACAACAGAUUCACGGGUCCUAUACCCGGAAGCAUAGGUAACAUCAAGUCCCUACAAGAAGUUCUUUUCUUAAAUAACAAGUUAACCGGUUGCUUACCAUAUCAAAUCGGGAAGUUAAACCAAGCUACGGUUUUUGAUGUCGAGUUUAACCAGCUAACCGGUCCGAUUCCCUACUCAUUCGGAUGCCUAGAAAAGAUGGAACAGCUCAAUUUGGCUAGAAACAACUUUUACGGUACCAUACCGGAGAUGGUCUGCGAGCUUUCAGCCCUCAAGAACGUUUCUCUCUCGUUCAAUUACUUUACGCAGGUCGGUCCAAAAUGUCGAAAACUUAUCAAGAAGAAGAUUCUUGACGUUCGCAUGAACUGUAUUCUAGAUCUUCCUAAUCAGAGAACGCCAUGGGAGUGCGCCAAAUUCUUCAUGCGGAAACAGAAUUGUCCCAACUCCAAGUCUUUCUUUUAUAUCCCUUGUGGCAAGGAUCCGCACCGGAUUAAACCGGAUCAAGAAGGAUUAGACGGCCAGGCUUCGCGACCGGUAUCUUACGGAGCUCUUAACCCGGACCGGAUUCGGAAUCUCUAG